GAGUGGCAUUACGAGAGAUAAUUUGACCCCGAUCCGAGUUGUUGCGAAUUAUUUCUACCCGCAGCGCACGGACUACUGUAGUGUUGUUCUGCACAGUACCCGUUUCGCCCGCUCAUGAUUGGUGCGCAAGCGUCAAAGCCCAGCACACCGUGUUUGGAUCCUGUGGCACGAUCCGAUCCGAGGUGCCCUGAGGCGCCGCGUCGUACGAGGGACGCGAUCUGAGAGGUCUUUGAGAAUUCUCAUCAGCCCAUCGCUGCUUCUCGUUUGACGGCUUCUCGUUUGACAGCUUCUCGUUUGACGGCUCGUGCGACCAUCCCGAUCGCGCUGUGCGGGGAGACAGAGAGUUGGGUCUAGCGCCCGCGACCACCAAACAACUUAUUCUGGCCGCUGUUGGGUUUUUAAGGAGAGCUGGCGUCUUGCCUCUUGCCGACUACCCCGCAUUUGUCCCCCGCUAUAGUCACGCCAUAACGUCCCGGCUCGCAAAUUCCCAGGGAAAAUAUAUUUGACUACUGUUCUGUACGUCUCGCGUGACUAUAGCGAGCGGCGACGUCGGGUUGUGCCGCGAGGGGUGUAGUAGGCAGGUGACUGUAUAGGUUGCGGCAGUAACGGGCGUCUGCAACGAUGAUGCGAACAGGGAGGGAGAGUGAAGUGCGGACGCAGAAGAAAGUCGAAGAGGCCCUCCGGACGAGAAUGAAAGAGAGAGCGCUCAAGGAGUGCCACAAGGAGAUAGAGGCUUAUGCCGAGUGCGUGCGAGGGCGUGUGUUCUCCAUUGUGUGGGCGUGCCGAGCACAUUCCAACGACCUCAACAACUGUCUGCACCAAUACACCAACGAUGCAGUGUUGGAUCAGUACAAGCGAGAUUACAUGGAGCAGCAGCAGUAUCCACAGCAGCAUGAGCAGAAGCAAGAGCAACCAUAGCGGCAACAGCAGCAGCAGCAGGAGCAAGAGCCUCAGCAUGAGCAAGAGCAUUCGGCAUGAGCCAGUAACUGCAUGCAUAUGUUGACUCCGUUGUUCGUCAACAUAGCUAUGGCAUUUGCGACCUGGAAAAGUACCCCGUUGUUCGUCCUCCAAAGUGUUCACUGAGA